CAACCGCUUUUAUUGGAAGAAGAAAAGCGUCACCAUAUGAGCAACCCGACUUAGCAUAAACAUUUUCAGUUAGUAUUGUUUUAUUGUAUUAUUAUUUUAGUUGAUUCAAAAGAAAACACAGCUGUUGAAUAGUAGACGGUAUAGUAACAUAAACACAUAAACAUGCAUGUCAGUAAUGAUGUGAAACCAGAGUUAUUAAGAGCUUUAAUCCGCUGACGAGCAAACAGCUUGUGUGUCGAGCUGUAGCAUGUUAUGGUCAUGUUAUGGUCAUGUUGUUACAGACCUAGAGACCUAGUGAAACUUUUACAUCAAUGUUUUGUAUUAACUAAAUGUUUAGUUCAGUCUCAGCAUUCAGCCUCUAGCUCUGUGCUGAGGGUUGAUUUAAAAAAACAAAACAAAAACAAUGAGCAAUGCAAAUCAAAAGACUUUAUUUCAGACAUGGGGUUCAGCUGUUCCUAAGACCCUUUUGAGUAAAGAUACUGGAAAAAAGUUACCCCAGAAGCCCAGAGCAACUACAAACAGCCAUGUGAAGGUAAAGGUAAAGACAAAGGACAAUGCAGCACCUUCACUUUGGGCUGAGGUUGGCCAAGUCCAUCAAGUAUCAAGGCAGGAACAGGAGAUGGACGAAGUUGAUGACGAUCUGAUCCUCGUAGCUGUAUACGAGGCUGAAAAAAGUCUGGAAAACCAACCUGAUCCCUCGAUCCAGGAUUCUGCAGCAGUUUGCUCUGAAAUUCCAGGUUUCGACAGUUCCUCAGGACAGAUAUGGAUCUAUCCCACCAACUAUCCUAUCAGAGAUUAUCAGCUGAAGAUCUCGGAAGCAGCCCUGUUCCAAAACACGCUAGUGUGCUUACCCACGGGCCUGGGGAAAACCUUCAUAGCGUCAGUGGUGAUGUAUAACUUCUACCGGUGGUAUCCGGAAGGGAAGAUAGUCUUCCUGGCUCCCACGAAGCCGUUGGUCGCUCAGCAGAUUGAAGCCUGUUACAGAGUGAUGGGGAUUCCUCAGGAGCACAUGGCUGAACUGACAGGGAGCACUCCGGCUCCACAGAGGAGGGAGCUGUGGAAAUCCAGGCGCGUGUUCUUCCUCACGCCGCAGGUCAUGGUGAACGAUUUGUCUCGAAACACGUGUCCUGCUCCUCAGAUCAAGUGUGUAGUUAUCGAUGAAGCUCACAAAGCAUCAGGGAAUCAUGCGUAUUGUCAGGUCGUGCGGGAAUUAUGGAACCAGACGAAACAGUUCCGUGUCCUGGCUCUCAGUGCUACACCUGGUGCAGACAUGAAGGCUGUACAGCAAGUUAUCUCCAACCUGCUGAUCUCUCACAUUGAGCUGCGCUCUGAGGAGAGUCCAGACGUUCAGGCGCACUCCCAUCAGCGCAGUGUUCAGAAGAUCGUUGUUCCUUUAGGAGACGCACUCACUGGAUACCAGUCUCGAUACUUACAGGUUUUGGAAAGGUUUACCUCCCGGCUGACGCAGACGAGCGUGCUUAACCAACGUGACCUUCGCUCCCUCACAAAGUACCAGGUCAUUCUGGCACGAGAGCAAUUCAGACGCAACCCUCCAUCGCAUCUCAUGGGAGCACAGCACGGUGCACUGGAGGGGGAUUUCGCUCUGUGUAUUAGCCUCUACCAUGGUUAUGAGCUUCUGCAGCAGAUGGGCCUGAGAUCUCUCUUCUUUUUCACACAGAACAUUAUGUCAGGCUCUAAAGAGACUUCACGGGCCCGAAAUGAGCUCCAGCGCAGCCCUGUCUUUAUGGACCUGUACAGGGAAAUGGAGGCUUUGUUUCUCGGCCCUACCAAAGGGCCCGAGGAGCAGUAUUUCUACAGCCACCCCAAACUUCAGAAACUGGACGAGGUGAUUGAACAACAUUUCAGUAGCUGGGCGCAGAGAUCAGGCAGUGCUACCGGCUCCGGGGACAAAGCAGAGAGUUCAAGAGUGAUGAUCUUCUCAUCCUUUCGUGAGAGCGUGCAGGAGAUCGCAGAGAUGCUUAAUCGCCACCAGCCCCUCGUCAGGGUCAUGACAUUUAUGGGGCAAGCGUCAGCUGGGAAAGGGGUGCGAGGGUUCACUCAGAAGGAACAGCUCGAGGUGGUGCGGAGAUUCCGAGAGGGCGGCUUUAACACCUUGGUUUCUACUUGUGUUGGUGAAGAGGGUCUCGACAUUGGAGAGGUAGACCUAAUAGUCUGCUUCGAUGCUCAGAAAAGUCCUAUCCGUCUGGUGCAGCGAAUGGGCCGAACCGGGCGCCACAGGCAGGGACGCAUAGUGGUCAUUCUGGCUUCAGGGAGAGAGGAGCGGAUCUAUAACCAGAGCCAGAGUACCCGGCGCAGUGUGAAUAAAUGCAUCAUGGGAAACAAGCAGAGCUUCUCCUUGUUUCCCCACAAUCCCCGCAUGAUUCCUGCUGGUGUCACUCCCACCCUGCGCAAGAUGGACAUAACAUGUGGCCAAUUCGAGGCCAAAGAGAGCAGCAGGCGUUCCAGCAAUGGCCGCCAUUCACUCAGCACGAGGAGGCUGUCUCUUCUCAACCCUGAUGCCCAAGUGGAUGGUGUGCAUGGGCGUGUGAAGGAGGAUGGCUUUCUCACCCCUGAUGAAGAGGUUGAGUGGUUAACUACUAUGAAAUUGGCUGAGAAUGAAACCCAGCCCAGACUCGGGCGCUCUUCGUUCCUGUGCUUUAACACGGCGCCACAACAGCAGGAGGUGUGUGUGAAUGGCCCAGUGAGAGACUUGUCUCUUUGGGAAUGGAGACACUGGCAGAAUCAGCCUCAUCCAAUACACAAAGUGGACCACUCCAGCCGCUGCCUCCAUUUCACCGCCAUCAUGGAUCUCAUUGACCAGAUGAGACAGGAGGAGGAGGAGCAGAGUGGCUGCAGAUAUGAAUCUGAGGUCCGAGCAUAUCUACAUAAGGAGGAUGUUGUUGGUGGUGUUGAGGAUGGCACACUAGUAAAAGGUCUUCCUCAGUGGAAAAGAUCUAACCCUAGACUUGUUGGUCGAGAAGCCAGAUGUUCUGUCUUGGAUACGAUGGACCAAGCAGGACCUUCUGCAAGGACUUUAUUAAAAGACAAACUGUCCUCUGAGUCGGACGGUGAUGCUAUUACAGAAGAUUUUAGUGUGUUUCAGGGCAACUAUGAUAAAGAUAAUGCUGAUAAUGUUAUGCAGACUGAUGUAAAUGUGCACUCUGAGACUAAACUCUCCAAGAAAGAUCAUGACCAGCUACAAAGUUCUCCUGAACAUAAAAAGAGUCUUAAGACAAUCCCUGAUACUUCCCUCGAGCCCCUUGAGGAUAUGUUCUAUUUACCUGAAGGGGAGGUCUGUCAAAAUCUCUACGGUGUCAAUCAGUCUGCUGGAAGUUUGGAAAUGAUUCUCUCCAAUGUCAAACAUCUUCUGUCUAGAUCUCCACCUGAAAGUUUUGAUCUACAUUGCUCAUUAAACCUCAAUGAACCUGCUCACUUUGAUGAAUCGGAUGAGAUCUGCAGUAGUCUCAGGGAAGAGGUUGAACAUUUCCAGGUCAAUUUUGAUCUUGAAGGACAUGAGAAUUCAUUGGAUUCUCUGGACUGUAACAUAGACUUAGCCCCUCCUGAAUCUGAGGUGUUGCCUAGCGAGAACGUCACUGCUGGUCCGGACAGUACCGCCAACAGUCCUAGCUGGGACGAUGUUUUUGAUGACGACGUUGAUGAUGGGGGAGAUGAAAACACUAAUCUACAAUUGGAGGCUAAAAUUCAGCCCACUAGCUUAGAUGAAAGUGUUGACUUGUUUGGUGAUGAUGAUGAUGCUUUCCUUCAAAUAUCAUUACCAAAUGUUGUUACUCCUAAAAAAGACACUGUAAUUCCCAUCAACAGGCAGGACACUGACCAAAGUAAGCGGGUUGUGCAAAAUGUAGCGUAUACAUCAAAUAUGUUUAAUGCUGAAGCAUCUUCCAAGAGCUCAGUAGGGUUAGGACAAAAACCACCAUCGGCGAAGACAUCUGAUGCUUUCAAUUAUUCUCAGGACAUUUUUUCUGUGAACUUUGACCUUGGGUUUUCCAUAGACUCUGAAGAGGAGGAAAUCGCAGAACCAGCCUCUGACUUGACCACAGAACCUGCUGCUGACCGAGAGAACACCUUCACCUCCCUAAGCGUGAACAAACCUAAUACAUCUUCCAACAACUUCACUGUUGGGCAUAUGUCAACCCCGAGGGUGUGGCCAAUGGACAAGAAGCUUCCUUCUCUCAUAGCCAAGAGUAACCUGUCACCUAUAAUCACAGAGCGAGAGAGCCUGAUUAGACCAAACACUUCUUCUCCAACUCUGGAAUUUGUGUCUACCAAAGACAGAAAUCUAGAACUCUUUCCUAAAGGUUUGAGCUCACAAGCACAGCCACGUGGAACAGGGAACAGGUUGUGUCGGAGGUCUCUGCUUGAUGCACGGAAACCUGUUUAUGAAGCCCAUGCUUGUUCAGAACAUGUGAACAGUGACAGUGAAGAGGAAUCAGCCGUUAGAAAACCAGGCAAUCGUGGAAGAGCAAAUCCUCUGGCAUCUCCUGAGCAAUCAAAAAUCAGCGAUGUUGAGUCUCCUGUCCAGGUGCCUAGAAAACGUGUCGCUCGAUUGAAUAUGUCCGAGGAGAGCGACAGGGAAGCUGUGUCAGACGAUGACUUCCAGCAAAACUCGUUUUGUCGGCCCCGAGCGUUUCAGCCUCGUAAACCCUCACGUCCUCUUAAGGAGAAAUCUAAGAAGGCAGUGCACAGCGCUGGCAGGCAGUUCCUGGAUGAAGAGGCAGAGCUGUCUGAAGACGGAGACUCGGUCUCUUCUGACGAAUGUGGCGGAGAAGAACUGGACAAGUCUUUGGAAGGUUUUGUAGUGGAUUCCACUCAGUUGUCCCAAGGCAUUAAUGAUUCUGAGAUGCAUGGAAUUUAUCUGAAAUCUGUGAAGAGUCCUGCAAUUACAAGCAAAUUUAAAAUGAUGCACAGGCCUGUGCAUAACAUGAACAUCUUCUCACAGGUCCCUGAGCAGGACGAGACGUACGAAGAGGACAGUUUUGUCGUCAACGGCAGCGAGGUCGAGGAAGACUUUGGUAGCGCUUCUGAUGAGGAAGAGGAGGCUGGACUCAAGAUGGUCCCCGAAGACUCGUACGUAGAUGGGAGACGACAGUAUGCCACACGUCGCAGAGUCCAUCUCAGACAAACCAGGACUGCCGGAGAGACGAGAAGCCUCCAAUCCAGAAAAGCCAAACGCUCCAGAAUCGUCCGAGUGAAGGAUUCGAGUGAAGAGGAAGAUGAAAAGGAUGAGAAGCAGAGGAAGAUGCCGCACACUGAGAAGGCGUCCGAUUUAGAUGGUUCAGCUGGGACAGGUUUUACUACAUCGUCUCUGUCUGGUGGAGUGAAGAGCAGACAGGAAACUGUGCAGCACAAACAGGAGAGAUUUAAUAACCAGACCCUUCUGUCUGAACAGCUGGACUUUGAGGAACCUCUGUCCACCUCUUGUGUUAAAACACAGGCAGGCUGUAGUACCACUUCUCUGACCGUCACCGGCGGUUCUGUGGAUUAUGGCGGCACGACUAAUCCCACGACCCCGGCUAGCGUAUGCGUGCUAGUGGACAGCCGUUGCAUCAGCGCUGGUGCGGAUGUGGUGUCGUCCCUCCGGUUUAAACAUGGUGCAGCGGUGCACAUCUGCUCUCUGGUCAGCUGCGAUUUCAUCGUGAGUAACCGCAUGGCUGUAGAGUGGCAGAGCGAGUCGGAGUUGGCCAGUCCCCAGAGUCGCAAGCGGCUGCAGGAGAGGAUGCAUUGCCUACAGGGUUUAUUUGACCGUGUGUGUCUCCUGGUGGAGAAAGACCGCACGAAACCGGGAGAGCCGCUGCGUGCGUUCCAGUGCAGUCGUUAUUAUGACAGCACUAUGGCUGCGCUGGUAAGAGCAGGAGUCAGAAUUCUGUUUAGCCCGGGUCCGGAUGACACCGCCACUCUGUUGGCUCAGCUGGCACAGGUAGAGCAGAGGAAAGACCAGGCCAUCAGCGUCCCUGUGGAGGUCAAAGGUCGUCGGCAGCACGCACUGCAGUUUUACCUCACGCUGCCGUGUGUGAGCUACGUCAACGCACUUUACAUGUGUAAUAGAUUCUACUCUGUAGCACAUCUGGUUAACAGCUCUGUGGAUACACUGCAGGCAGGAAUCCGUGUGAGCCGCUCCAGAGCUGAGGAGAUACACCGCUGUCUGCGCUACUCCUGUGACACCACGCUGAUUAAAAGCAGCACCUCAAAGAAUAACCUUUAAAACACGAUGCUUAUCCACGCAGGCUCAAAAAAUACACUUGCACUUUGCGUUCAUCCUGAACUCCUGACUUUUCACAAAUAAGUCAUGUUUACCUCAUUUUUUUUUAUAGACGCACUACUUGAAUUAUUUUCUUGAGAGAGAUGGAAAUAUAUUUGAGAACCAAAUAAUGAACAUUUUUGUAAAUGCUGCUGUAUAUAAAAUUUAUACGUCUUGUAAUAAAAAAAAUUAUAUAUUCAGA